GAAGAACGCAAUCUCAGUUUCAGACGUGUUCAAACGAGAGUUUGUGUAGCAGCUGAACACUUCCUGUAAAGCAUAAACAGCGGCUCAUUUGCAAAUAUGCGCCGUGUAGUUUUCAGGUUUAAUAAGUAACACGUUUUUCCACCGACUUUCUUUUAGCACUGCGUCGCCAUGGGGACCGUGAUUGCCAUUGUUCUCGUAUUUGUCGGAUGUUGUAGCAAUGUGGUGUCUCUGGAGCUGCUUGUAAGAGAGUUUCCAGGAUGUGGCAACAUAGUCACCUUUGCUCAGUUUCUGUUCAUCGCAUUAGAAGGUUUCAUCUUUGAAACUAAGUUUGGACGCAAGAAACCAGCAAUCCCUGUCAGUAACUAUGUGAUCAUGGUGACGAUGUUCUUCACCAUCAGUGUGAUCAACAACUACGCUCUCAACUUCAACAUCGCCAUGCCUUUGCACAUGAUCUUCAGAUCAGGAUCGCUAAUCGCUAACAUGAUCCUGGGAAUCAUCAUCCUGAAGAAAAGAUAUUCAGCCAGUAAAUACCUGUCUAUAGCUUUAGUGUCAGCUGGUAUCUUCAUUUGCACCAUCAUGUCUGCCAAGCAAGUGAAUGUUUCCAGCGAAGGAUCAGAAGAUCAAGGAUUUUAUGCCUUUAUACGCUGGCUUAUAGGUAUCGCCAUGUUGACGUUUGCUCUGCUCAUGUCUGCGAGGAUGGGCAUUUUCCAGGAGACGCUGUACAAGCAGUACGGAAAACACUCCAAAGAGGCUCUCUUCUAUAACCACUGCCUGCCUCUGCCCGGCUUCCUGCUACUUGCCACAGACAUCUACAACCACUGCAUCCAUUUCAGUCAGAGCACUCCAGUGUUCAUCCCUGUGGUUGGGUUUAGUGCACCGAUAUUGUGGAUCUACCUGCUGAUCAACGUCAUCACGCAGUACGUGUGCAUCCGUGGCGUCUUCAUCCUGACCACAGAGUGCGCCUCGCUCACCGUCACUCUGGUGGUGACGCUCAGAAAGUUCCUCAGCCUCAUUUUCUCCAUCAUUUACUUCCAAAACCCCUUCACCGCCUGGCACUGGGUGGGCACGGCGGUGGUCUUUCUGGGGACUCUGCUGUACACGGAGGUGUGGAGCAGCGUGCAGGCGGCGCUGCGUGGAGCCGACGCCAAGCAGCAGAAGAAGGCGGAGUGACGGAGCAGAGACUGACGGCGGAGUAGAAAACCAGCCACUGUGUUGGACUUAGGAAUAGGUUUUGUUCAAUUAUCCUCCAGCAGUUUUGUACAGUUGAGGACGUCUUUUUUUCACAUUUGAUGAAUACGGACACACAGCCGCUCACAGGAUGAAUCUGGUGGUCGGUUUUGUUUUCCUCGUCAGCAAAUCCCAUGAAAAGACCAAAACCAAGGUGUUACAAAACAUUCACACAUAAAGAUGCAAAGUAGUUUUUUAGCUCUGGGGUUCGUUAUAUUGAACACAUCAUUGUCUGAAUUAAAGGCCAAACCUUCUACACAGUCUUAAUUCCAGACUUGUUUACCUCCCUGUGUUUGUUGAACCUGUUGGGGUUUCAAUGGAUAAUUUUGUAAGAUCAUAACCUUAAUAUUGAGAACAGUCCAGUAAAUUUGUAUUUUAUAUAUAAUAUUGCAGGAUCUUAAUAGUAAUAUUUAAAUUAGGUUAAUUUAUAUAUUAUUACUGCUAAGGCUUAAUUUGGAUAUUUGCAUUUGUAAGGUAGAUUUAGAUGACAACACACAUAGUUAAACUUGCCUUAUUUCUCUAUUGGAGAGAAUUUUGGCUCAUAGUCUGUUGUUUUAAAUAUGCUGUUGAAAUAACGGUGACUUGACUGUUUAAAUGCAACAGCGCCAAAGCUUGUGUCUGAGCUGGAAGUGAAGCUAACUGGGCGAUCACAGGAUGGUUCCAGGAAGUUGAGCCUUUCUCAUCUUCCCCCUGUAGUGCAGCCAGGCUCUUUUUCAGUCUGGGCUGAAAAGACAGAUGUCGUUCACAAUGAAUAGCAGUCCCAGUUGUUUGAAUCCUUGUGUGUGAAUGUCUUGUUAUGGGUGCUGCUUUAAUACCUUAUAGUCAGUGUUUUUGCAGGAAUGGAUCACAUGACUACUGAUGAACCAGAGAUUUCUAGCCUCUUUCAGCUCAUUGUUUUGUUUUUUUGGCUUCAUUCUCAUCACUUUCAUUUAGUCCAUUUCGACUUCAGAAUGAUGGAACAACCCUUGGUACACUCUCUGUUCCAAUAGACAGCAGUUUGACGUUAAAAAGUGAUAAGCCCAGAGCUGCAUUCAUCAGUUGGUUGUUUAGCAGGUAUUUUUAUCAUCAACUUUAGGUGUUUUUUUUUUCAUACAGAGCAGUUCAAGCACCCACAACUGCAUCGUUUCAUUUAUUUAAAAUAGUUUUUAACACCGUGGGACAUAGUGGUUUUAGGGUCAAUUUUAAGACAGAGAUUGAUGUCUGAUGAGCAACCGGCAGUUUAAAUACCCCCCACUCGUCCCACAUGGGAGCAGCACACCCACCACACAGACACGAUCUGUUUUUGUUUUGUGUCUCCAACUGUGCGUCUUCCUAAUGUGUGCGUCUUUAUGCUCAUAUUUCAUCUGUUUGUUUCAUGUAUAUAUGCCAUUUUGGUAGCCUAGCCGCGCUAGACAACCCAGGGCAACGAAUUUAAUUCUCUGCCAGGGUGGGUCUAGUUACCCUCCAUAAGGCUCGAGGCUGGAUUCUCCUAAAACUGGCCGGACCAAUCACCAUGAAGUGUAGAGUCAGAAGGCGGGCGUAACUAAGUGACGACAGAGGCGCGACGAUUCUGACAGAAACAACCGGCGCACAAUAAACAGUUAUCUUUCGACUCGGCUUUGGCCACAGCCCUUAAAGAUUUGAAGCUAAAAUUCAACUUGAAAGAUAAACGAAGGACGACACUGAAGUGUUUCAUUGAGAAGAAAGACGUAUUUGGACUUAUGCCGACGGGAUAUGGCAAAUCCUUAAUAUACCAGUUGGCUCCGCUGGUUGGGAAGCUAAUGGGACUUAGCCAGAAUCCGCCGGCGCUCUCGGAACUCCGUCAGCCUAUUCGUUGCGCUGAUUGGUUGUUUACCUACCCAAUUGCUGCAGAGUGAUUUGAAAGACAACCUUUUAGCCCGCCUCCCUCCCUGUCGAGCUUCCCUAGACCCUUGUGCCUUCAGAACAUGGGUCUAGCGCGGCUAGGCUGCCAUUUUGGUCUUUUGUGUCUCAUUGAGUUGUACAUCUCUGCCACUGUUUUGUCUCUUUGUUGUCAUUUUACAUCUCUUGACAUUUCUGUGGUUGUUUUUGUCCCAUUUUUGUCCAUUUUUGCAUCUCUUUGUUGCUCUUCUGUGUCUUUCUUCAUUCAGUUGCAGUUUUGUCUUAGUUUAUCUGAGUACCAGUCAUAUUUCUUUAUGUUUUUUUUGUCCUAUUUUGGUCAUUUUCUGUCUCAAUAUGGUCCUUUUACAUCUUUUCAUAGCUAUUCUAUGUCUGUGUUUGUUUUGUGUCAUAUAUUGGUAAUUUUACAUUUCUUCGUUGUUUUAUGGCUCUUUAUUGCUGUGCUACAUAUCUUGUUGACAUUAGGGAUCUUUUGUGUUGUAUUUUGGGUAUUUUGUGUCUCUGUUUGGGAUACAUUCUAAUUCAAGAGCUCCCUAAUCUGUCCAUGCUGUUAGCAGGAUUCAUUCAUCGCUGGUUUUGGUCUUUUCAUUAGAUUUGCAGACACCAAAAGAACACUAAAAAUCCCAGACUUUCUCUCGUUUAACAUUAGCUACCAUCAUAGAUGCAGAAGCAUGGUGCUUUUCUUUCAUAGUGUCAGAUUUAGUUACAAUAUUUAUUUUUUAAAUCUGACAGCUAUCUCGCUUCGUGUUAAGGAUCGUCAGUAGGUUUGCACUGAACACAGCCACGUGAUGCUGAAUGAACUGAAGCCAUUGAUGUUUGAGCAGCAGCUGGAGGUGGUGAGGCUGUCUGAACGUACAGAGGAGGGAUUUAUACACAUCAUUCGGUCACUGUGUCCUUAUUGUCUCAGGUGUGUUGGACCAGUUAUUUUUUUUUUUGUCAACAAUAAAUCUUUACUGACCGGUGAAAAUAAAAUGAAAACAUGGCUGCAAAUGGAGAUGAUUGAUCCACCAGAGCUGCUGCAGGGCAGAAUCAUCUCUCAUAACAAGAGGAGCAUGCUGCUUCUGCUUAUAGUGGAGUUUCAUUACUAUUUCAUGCUGGGGACACCGUGUUCCCUCAUGUUUCACUGACUUUAAGCAAGUCGACCAAUCAGGAGCGGCGGCGUUGUUCAGCUCCGUCCAAUGGGAGCGGCUGUUGCUGUCGCCCGGCGGUGGGAAGGGCAGUUAGCUGCGGCUGUUUGGGUUGAUUUCAGUGAGAGAACAUCCACGUUGUGAAUUAAAUAAUCUGUUUAGCCGGAGAUAGUCGAGGAGCUGCACCUGAGGGAGGGGAUGGGGGGAAACAGUCCGAGUCACUUCUCCCAGGAGGAGGAAAGCGGAGGAAUCACUUUUGUGAAGGGCAUUCGGGUGAGUGAAAGCUCCGGAAAACUAAAGGUGCCUGCAGGCAGUUUGUGGAGCAGAAACAGAGGACGUCCGUGUCAGUGUCUCCUUUGGUUUUACACUAAAACUCUCAUUCUUCAUGAAGUCGUCCUGUGCUAGUUGUCACUCCAGUUACCCCGGUGUUAAAUAUAGAAGUAGCCUGUCAAUAAAUGCCUCUGACAGAAAACACACGUUCUGCUUCCAAAA